UUUCCUGCUGGAACCAUGGAAGGUGCCGAAGAGAAGAAAAGGAAGGUUCCUGCUGGGCCAGAAACUCUUAAGAAAAAGCAAAGGCAUUAUGCAGAGCUGAAGGUAAAGCGCCUGAGGAAGAAGUUUGCCCAAGAGAUGCUUCAAAAGGCAAGGAGGAAGCUAAUGUAUGUAAAAGCCAAGCAUUACCACAAGGAAUACAGGCAAAAGCACACAACAGAGAUCCGGAUGGCUAGAAUGGCAAGAAAAGCCAGCAACUUCUAUGUACCUGCAGAACCCAAAUUGGCAUUUGUUGUCAGGAUCAGAGGUAUCAAUGGUGUGAGCCCAAAGGUUCGCCUUUGCCAGAUCUUCAAUGGCACCUUCGUUAAGCUCAACAAGGCUUCAAUUAACAUGCUGAGGAUCGUGGAACCUUACAUUGCAUGGGGGUACCCAAAUCUGAAAUCAGUGAAUGAACUAAUAAUCUACAAGCGUGGAUAUGGCAAAAUCAAUAAGAAACGAAUUGCCUUGACAGAUAACGCUUUGAUUGUUUCCAUGUUUGUAGAGAACUUUGGGCAGAGCACCUUCCAGAUUUCCCCCAUAGUGUACACUGUUACCUCAAGGUAG